GAUCGCGCCGGCCCCGCGGGCUCCCGCCGCCUCCCGCCGCCGCCGCCAUGCAGCCGCCCGCCCUCCGCACCCUCCUGCUCGUCGCCUGCUUCGCCAGCGCCCGGGGAAACCUCUCCCGCGACGAGAGCCAGCCCACGACGUCGGAUGAGACCGUGGUGGCCGGGGGCACGGUGGUGCUCAAGUGCCAGGUGGAAGAUCCCGACGAUUCCUCCCUGCAAUGGUCCAACCCAGCCCAGCAGACCCUGUACUUCGGGGAGAAACGAGGUAAAAUCACAACUGACUUGAGCUCAAAGCACAAUUUGAGCUCAAAUCCCAAUUUAUUGGAGCUCAAAUCCCAAUUUAUUGGAGCUCAAAUCCAAAUUCGAGGGAUCCCGCAGAAGCCGCAGAUCUUCGGGCACGAGCAGCCCAUCGACGAGGAGAAGGUGGCACGGCUGCUGUGCCGCUCGUCCGGCAGCAAACCCGCGGCGCAGCUGCGCUGGAGGAAGGGCAACCGCGACAUCAAGGACUCGGGCACCGAGGUGGUGGAGGACCCCAACGGCAAAACCUUCACGGUGACCAGCCGGGUGGAGUUCCGUGUCACCAAGGAGGACAACGAGGUGGAGGUCACCUGCACCGUGGACCACGAGUCCCUGCAGAACUCCGAGAGGUCGACCACGCAGAAGCUGCAGGUCCACUACAAGCCCACGGCCAAGAUCGAGCCUCACCCGCAGUACCCGCGCGAGGGGGAGAAGCUGCAGCUGCAGUGUGAUGGGCAGGGCAACCCCAUCCCGCAGGAGUUCCUGUGGGAGAAGGAGGGCGGCGAGGCGCCGCUGCAGCUCAGCUCCGACAGCGUCCUCAUCUUCCCCUUCCUCAACAAGAGCGACAGCGGCACCUACGUCUGCACGGCCACCAGCUCCAUGGGCAGCGUGGUGGCCAAGUACAACCUGGACGUCAGCGAUGCCAGCCCGGUGCCCUCGACCUCCAGCACUUACCACGCCAUGAUCGGCGGCGUGGUGGCCGUCAUCGUCUUCCUCCUGCUCAGCCUCCUCAUCGUGCUGGGACAUUACCUGAUCAGGCACAAAGGCACGUACCUGACCCACGAGGCCAAAGGCUCGGACGACGCUCCGGACGCCGACACCGCCAUCAUCAACGCCGAGGGCGGCCAGGCCGGCGGCGACGACAAGAAGGAAUAUUUCAUCUAAAGGCGUUGGAGAGAGAGAGAGAGAGAGAGAGAGAGAGAUGGAGCCAAGAGAACCCCGAUGGCAACGGCAACCAGACCACAAA